CGGCAGUGAGCGCCCGCCGUCCGCCGCGACCGCCCGUGUGUCUGCCCUCACCGCCGCCGCUAUAUCCGAAUCUUGCAGUAAGUGCGGACGUGAUACGUAGUGCAGUGCGCGAGUGUGAGUGAGUGUGGGUCUGUUGCGCAGUCAGCGCGCGCGCAGGGGCGUGGCAUGAGCAGGGGCGGCGCGCGGGGCCCGCCCCGCUAGCGACAUGCGCGCACGCGACGCCGCGCACCUCGCCCUUCUGCUGCUGGCGCAUCUAUUACCGCCAGGUGCAUGCGACGUCGCGGGCGGGGCGGGGUCGGUGAACGCUCUGCCGGCAGGCGGCGCGGGCGCACGCCUGGCGCCGUCGUUCGACGCGGCCACGCCACGCAACGUCACCGCGCUUGUUGGCAAGUCUGCUUACCUCAGCUGCCGGGUCCGGAACCUGGGAAACAGAACGGUGUCGUGGAUCCGGCACCGCGACCUGCACAUCCUGACGGUGGGCGGCUACACGUACACGUCGGACCAGCGCUUCCAGGCGACGCACUCGGCGCAGACGGACGACUGGACGCUGCACAUCAAGUGGGCGCAGCAGCGCGACGCCGGCGUCUACGAGUGCCAGGUGUCCACACAGCCCGUGCGCUCCUUCUUCGUCACGCUGCACGUCGUCGAUUGUGACGAGAUAUACCAGCGGAUGUUUUCCGACGCAGUGCCGUCGGCGCGCAUCCUGGGCGGGCCCGACCUGCACGUAGACAUGGGCUCCACCAUCAACCUCACCUGCCUCAUCCAGUUCUCCCCGGAGCCGCCCGCCUACAUAUUCUGGUACCACGAGGACGAGGUGAGCGGACGCAAACAGGUGAUAUCGUACGACUCGUCGCGCGGCGGCGUGUCCGUGGUCACGGAGAAGGGCGCCGCCACCACGUCGUACCUGCUGGUGCAGGACGCGGCGCCGGCCGACUCGGGCCGCUACUCGUGCUCGCCCUCCAACGCCGAGGUCGCCUCCGUGCGCGUGCACGUGCUCAACGGCGAGCGGCCGGCGGCCAUGCAGACGGGAAGCGCGGGGCUGUCCAACAGCGCGCGCUGCAUGGCGGCGCUGCUGGCGGUGUGCGCGCUGCACGCGCGGCUGCUGCGCGCGCAGCUCGCCAGCUGAUCGCGCGCGCCCGCCGGCUAGGCGCGCCGCUGCCGCACUCCACGCUCACAGACUCAUGCGCGAUAACAAGUUUUUCACUCAAAAUUUUAAAUGCGAAAACUUAGUUUUCGAUAAUACUUAAGUAAAUCCGGGUAAGAUUUUUAUGAAAAGCAGAAUAUGCGUAGUGUCAAGUCACUGUGAUUCAUGCUCACGAACUGUCGACAUCAACAAGCUCGCACAUACGGUGCACACCGAUGGAUAGAGAAAUUAUAAAGAAUUGAACUCUCAACAUUAUAUAGAGUCGGUUGCUACUGAAUAUUGUAAAUAUAUUUAUUGUUAUAAUAAUUAAGAUAAUGUAUUUAAGGAUAUUGUCGUUAGAGAGAUACAGUUUAUAUGUAACACCGUGUGAUUGGAGCGCACGACUCCAUUUGGUAAUGCGUGGUGUCGCGUCACUGCUCAGCUGACGUGUGUCAGCUGGUGCGAGCAGGCGGGUGACACUGUCUCUCCUGCGCACACGUGAGCACGCAGCGCGGCGCGGCGCCGGGCGGCGGCGGUGCUGGACGCGUGCUGUCUGCGCGGGUGCUACCGACAUACAUCAAUAACAUUCAGCCUGUCCAGCAUCACUAGCGCCACUCACGAGUACCAAAGCCCAGCAAAUUAUUAUGUGCCAUUAAGCAAGCACUCACUAGUUUUGGAUCUAAAUAAAAUCUUUUAAAAAUAAAAUUAAUAUAUCAGAGUGUAUUGAUCGUUGUAUUUUCAUUAAAAUGUUACAAAGACUUAAAAUAAUACUAUGUGUUGUUGUUAUGCCUGAAUUUGUUCACUGAUCAGAUUGCGCGUUUGAUUUAAAACCUAAUUUGCGUUGUGAGUGCCCACACACUACAAACUUUUAGUUAGCCGACAGUUUGUUCGGGCUCAUAACUCAGUAUGUAAAUUACUGGUAUUACGCAUAUAACAACGAGCAAGUAUUUGACCGGUGUCAGACCGACUUAUAAGCAUUGAUUGAAUUUUCUUAAAAAAAACUUCCAAACAUCGAGCCAACUGUCGGCCGACUGUUUAGUAUAUGAGUACUCUCAUUUAUCAACCAUCGAUAUUUUUACGAUUGACAUGAUGAAAUAAAUAACAUCCAAAAUUCAGGUUUAGUCUAGUCGCGGUAGUGUCACGCUCGGCACACAGUGCAGUGCGCGUGGCGCGCCUCAGGCUGAACAUUUCAUGUUUAAAUGUAUCACAUACUUUAUUUUGUACAAUUAUAUUACUUAUAAUAUUAGGGACUUGCGCCGGUCCUGGCCACGCUCGAGCGACAUGUAAUAUACUAGGAUAAUUCAAUACUUUCUACAUAGAGUACUCGUUGGUGUGGGGACGCGGCGACCAAUGUGGCCCUGCUCUACUUCUACAAUGGCUUCACUAAUUAGGUAAUGCAUUUUGAAUGCUAAGCUGAACAGUUAGGCUCGCCCUCGGGGGUGUCUCGCGCCCGGCACGCCGCGUGGUGUCGCCGACCAGCAACCGAACCCUGCCUGAGUUCACUUAUUCAAAAAUAUUUAUUUUAAGUUACAUGUUCAGUCUCGGUCCAUGUAAACUGAACGGUUUCAGACGUGUUUGCUUGUACAGAUUGUAAGAAUACGCAGCUCACACAGUGCGCGUAGAAAAUGAGUAAGUAGUCGAGAAAGGCCGCGGGGCGCACGAGUCGUCGCCGACUUCUGUGUUACUAUACAACAUAAUAACUACAUUAAGAAUAUUGUUCUGGCGUUUUGCAAACGUUUAGCCCUAAGUACCUAGUAUAACUGAUAGGAAAUUGUAAAUGACGAACAUUCAUAAUAAAAUGUUUUUAUAUAGAAUAAUUGUAAAUAUGAAAUAGAUACAAAGUUUUACAAUAAAAUUGAUCUAAGUAGAGGUGGACACUACGAUUGUAUGAUACGAGACUAUGUAUGUGAAACAUAAAACUAUAUGUAUACAUAAACAGAAUAAGUUUGUUUUCAAAUAAAAUAUUUAAUAUUUAA